UGCUUCCUAUCAGGUGGCGGUGCUGCGACAUCGGAGGUGGCGGUCACCGGAUUCCCAGGGACCUCCUCCCGUUCCUCCCCUCUCCUGCCCAUAAACUGUUACAGGCCGCGACGCACCGUUCUUCUAUCCUCACCGCGAAAAGAAAUAUAAUAAAGAAAAGGAGGCAGAAAACCGCACCACCGUUGGGUUACGAGCGCCAAGCUUUUGUCCUCUGGACCUCAUCGCCGGAUCCAGACCCCGCCCUCUAUAAAACCUUGUGUCAACCUCCAUUCCGCUUUUGUGAGAGAGAAGCAGGGGAUAUGGGGGUCUACUGGAACCUGGGGCUCUGCUUCUUCCACCUGCCGCGUCUUCUCCUAGCGGAGGACGCCACCUCUCCUGCCGCCGCCGUUUCGGCGGAUUCCAUCGCCACCACCAGCCCCUCCCCCUUCAUUUCUCCGCCGUCGGCCAGAUCGUCCUCCGUCGCCCCCUUCCGGCCCAGCAUCGCCGUCAUCGUCGGCGUCCUUACCGCAAUGUUCUCCCUCACUUUCCUCCUCCUCCUUUACGCUAGGCACUGCAAGCGGACCUCCGCCGGUUAUGGCGGUGGUGGUGCGUCGGGAUUUUCGGCCGCCGCUGAGAGGCGGAACUCAGGGGUAGAGCGGGCGGUGGUGGAGUCGCUGCCGGUAUUCCGGUUCGGCUCGCUCCGGGGCCAGAAAGAGGGGCUGGAGUGCGCGGUGUGCUUGAACCGGUUCGAGCCGGCGGAGGUGCUCCGGCUCCUUCCGAAGUGCCGCCACGCCUUCCACGUCGAGUGCGUCGACACCUGGCUCGACGCCCACUCCACCUGCCCACUCUGCCGCGUCCGCGUCGACCCAGAGGACGUACUCCUCGUCCCCGAACCCCGCCCCCUGCCGGAUCCCGACCAUCCCUCCGCAGCAGGCGGAGAGAAGUCGCCGCGAGACAGCAAGGCCGCCGGCGAAGCGGCGGCCGCGAUCCCGAACCCCUUCGGCCGGCGGAUCUCCGGCCGGCACUCCUCCGCCGGGGAGAGGUGCAGCAACUCCAUACAGAUCAUCGUCCAGCGGGCCGACCCCGCCGAUCGAAGGUCGGCGGACUCCGCAUCCGCGCGCCGCGGCGCCGCCGCGGGCGGCUUCGAAGCAGCCAGGGGAAAGGUCCGGAAGGACGGGCUUCUCUUGCCGGCGGAGAGGGAGGAGUUCGAGCGGCGGUGCAGUCACCGAAUCGUCGUCUCGUGCGGCGACGUGAUGCAGGAGAGAUGGAGCGAUCUUCGACCGUCGGAUCUGCUGUUUUUGCGGUCGGAGAUGAUCAUUACCGACAGUGGAAGGUUCUCAGCGUCCCGGGCGGGCCGGGUCUCGGGCUCCUCCUCGGGCAGGGGCAGGGACGUAAUUAGCCCGCGAUGCGCAUCCGAGAUCACGGGGAUUACCCGUCUCUCGACCCGAGCUCGCAGCGGCGGCUGCGCACGGCGGGUGGAGGAGGAGGAGCGGACGAUGAGGAGGUGGUUGGCAUUCGCGGCGAAGCGCACGGCGCGGUGGCUCGGGAGCCGAGAGAGCGACCACGGGCCCAACACCUAGCUUCUGAAGAUAUUUCUUGUGACGGAAAUGCCCACGGAUACGAUCAUUAUUUUCCGAGAGGAUGCCACGGAGGGAGGCGGGUGGAUCUUUUUGAAAGAUUCCAGCGGUACGUGGGAGUGGGCAAGUACCACGGGAUUCUUGAGUAGUGUCACGUGAUGGACCUUCUCGCAUUACCGCCGGUCUGGGGACUCGCGGGGACCCUGGCACGAGGGCAUGGAGGCUAGCGAGGAGGGGAGAGUUUCGAGCUCUCUCGUCCGCGUGGGCGGUUGUGAAGUCGGGAGACGGUGGUCACCGAACGAGAUCCAACGGCUGAGAAACGGGAGGUGACGCGGCGGCUUCUGCGGGAUGGCGCUUUUUGUCGGGUGGUGAGGAAAGGUGAGCCGGGCGGGUGGAGAAUCCGAGCCGUCCAUUUCAAUUUCGAGGUGGGGUCCAUAGAGCAACAGUGGGAAACGGUAGCCCUGGAACUUUUGAUGUGGACAAUUGAUGGAGAGCAUUGAAUGGAAUCAUUGACGUAGAUACAAGUUGCAUUUCUUUGCGUUUGGUGCAGGAAGCAGAGGUUACUUGCAUUUACUGCCAACUUUGUGAAUGGAUCUCGGGAGGCAGCACGCAUGCUGUUUGCUGGUAGCUAAGAUGUGAAAUAUUUGUACUUUUGACUUCAAAAUUUUGGAUUGAACCGUUGAUUGCAUAUUUGCAUGCAAGUUUAUGUAAAUGUCAAUCUGCUAACAUCACAUCUUUCUCAUCAAGUCGUGGCAAAUAUAUUAGUACCAUGAUUCUAUC